AUGGUAGCAACUAUUACCUUCAAGUUGCGAUCCAGCAAUCAUGUCGGCAUUAUCGAAGUGCCCCAUCGCGUUAUUUCGUGUCGGGAAAUAAAGGAGGCAAUCGCGGAGAAGUUAAGUGGCUCGCCUGAUGAAAUUGACAUAUUCGUCUCGGGCAGUUCUGAUUACUUGCAUCCCAAUGAUGAACUCCCUGCAUACACGGUAGUGGAAGUGGUUCGCCAUGUUGGAACUGGAAGACCGCCGCCAAAGCGCGAGCGUGAACCUGUAGGACCUUCGAAUCUUUCUAGCGCCAUGAGUCACGCUGCCGUGCGGGCAGGAAACAAAAAUGGCGAUACGGCAACGCCACUCACUGAGGAAGAGCGGUUGGCGCAACUUAGUGAAGCUGUUGCUGUUGAAACAGGCAUUGAUGAAGUUGGGGCAUGGCGAAUGCGGCAGAUGCGAAACCGCAGCGCAGCUAUGGGAGGUGGGGGUCGCGAGGUCACAUUUCGCCCUCCGCCACCAGGUUACAUAUGCCAUAACUGCGGCAAGAGAGGGCACUUAAUUCAGCACUGCCCCGCGGCAAAGGGGGUAAGAGGAGUGAAGUUACUUUCACUUCCAACUGGAAUCCCAGAAACAAUGCUAGUUGAGUGCACAAUGGAUGACCCGGCGGCGAAGUUUGUAACGAGGGAUGGCAGGUUAGUGAAAAGGAAAUUAGACAAUGCGAGUUUCGUUGGGAUUGUGACAACAAGUAAUGCGGAUGGAGUCAAACCAGAUUUCCCAUCAGAAGGCGGCAACAACAGGAACGAUAGCCCAAACUCUGAGAAGUUGGAAACUCCAGAUGCAGGUGGUGACGCCGCUGCAAAGCCGCAGUUCCUCUGUGCUUGGGAUUCUGUUAUUGUUAAAAAUGCCAUGAAAGCCCCGUGCUGUGGAGCUCUUUUCUGUGAAACAUGUUUGAACGAAAGAGUGGAGGAGGCAAUUAGUCGAGCGGAUGCAAGUGAAAUUCCGCUUUUGUGUCCUGGAUGCGAGGAGCCGUUGGAUGUACCAGACGUUGUUGAAGCAACAGAGGAACGGAAGCUAGUUGAAGCCCUCCGCUCAGGGAAGCGUGCGCGGGACUGA